AUGCCUUCGGCUGUGUGGAAAGCUUCUGGUCAUCUAGAUGGAUUCACAGACAGUAUAGUAGACUGUUCUCUUUCCGGGACACAGUUUCGAGUUGAUAAGGCGGGACCUGUCGUUGCCGCGACGACAGGCAGUGGGGAGACCACAAUAACUAUCCUGGCGCCGCACAAAAAGACAGCAAAACUGUGGGAGGAACAAAUACAGACAGAUUUUGCAGCUGAUGCCAGAGUUGUCCGCGAAGGCUGCCUGCUGCAUUUGAGUGUCGCUGAGUUGGUAGAUCCCUCGACUGCUACCGAUGGAAGCAAAGUUCCCGGCCGGAUUGAACUGCGCACACAAAACUCGGACCUAGAAACGAUUAAAAUAGAAUACAACGGCUAUGUAUGCCCUAUAACUAAUUCUCCUUUCUUAGGUACACCCAGAGAUAUAAACUUGAUGUAUCAAGUAGUUGCUAUCGACGAUAGCGCGCCCAUUGGUGAUAGCGACGAACAGUACACUGUGUCAGAUGAGUUCGACAGCAUGAUCCGCACUAUCCGGGAAGGCAAUCCAUUGCAGAAGGCUGAGAUGAGGAAUAGUUUGAAACGGGAGUUGCUGCCCCGCUCUAUGUAUCUCAGACCCGAAACAGCCCAAGGCACUUAUGUACAAACUCCCAAUGCCAAGCGCAGUCUAGAAGAGUCCGGACCAAGGCCAACAACCUUUGGGCUCGCACAGAUUGGCGAGUCAUAUCGGAAUGAAAUAGCGGUGGAACACUUUUCUUUCCGGUCGUCCGAGUUCGAUCAAAUGGAGAUGCAGUACUUCUGCCCAGCGCAGGACGAAAAGCAGUGCUUCAAUUUCUGGGUGCGAGAUAGACUCGCAUGGUGGCACGAUCUCGCCCGGGUUCCAGAGGACUUCAUCACACUUAAUGUGGACAAGGAGGAUCUGGCCCACUAUGCGUCCGGCAAGUCGUGCGUGGAUAUCGAGUACAGGUACCCGUGGGGAUUCGAUGAGAUCGAAGGUAUCGCAAGCCGCUCUAACUACGACAUGAAUCUCCAUUCGAAGUAUCAUGAAUUGGAAAAGACUAAUGUUGAUGAUGGCGGUCUCAAGGAGAGCUUCGUGAUCGAACCAGCCGCUGGGCUGUCGAGAGCGGUGUUGGCUUUCUUGUGCGACGCCUAUACUGAGGAUGUUCGCACGGAUGCCAAGGGUGAAUAUAUUCAGACCGUGCUACAGCUACAUCCUAAGCUGUCUCCGUACAAGGCAGCCGUAUUGCCGCUCGUGAGGAACAAUGCCGAAUUCGUUAGAAAGGUGAGAGCACUCGUACCAGACCACAGUAUAUCGUAUUGCUUCCGCACCGUUUAA